GCGCGAUGCCGCACGUCGACUCAGUGUUGUCACUGACCACACUGUUGUGCACGCGUCGUCGCUAGAGUGAGAGCGCCGAACGAAGAAACGCGCGGGAACAGAUUUACAUUGGCAGAUUUUCGGCAGACGUCAUCAGAGAGAGAGAGAAAGAGUACACGUACGUAUACACGCAGCCACCGACCGCAAGCGCGAAGGAGACUACCAAGAAGAGCAUGGCAGAAGGGAGACCUCUGAUGUCGUCGUCGCCGAUGAGUCGGCAGCCGACUCCGACUGAGAAUGCAACGGCAGCUGCGGCAGCCACCAUAGCAGAGAACGAGGAGAAGAAGCCCGAUCUGUCGUAUUCGUCUCUCAUAGCGAUGGCGAUCCUGAGCUCGCGCGAAGGCCGCAUGCAGCUAUAUGAGAUCUACGCCUACAUUCAGAAGCACUUCGUCUACUUCGCCAAGGUGAAAGACACGACGUGGAAGAACAGCGUUCGUCACAAUUUGUCGCUGAAUUCUGCCUUCACGAAGGUCGGGCGGAGAGACAAUGGAAGAGGUCACUACUGGGGAAUUCAUCCGAAGAAGGUCGGCAGCUUUCUCCAGGGAAAAUUUCGCGGUCGCAUGGGAAGAAAACUAAAUCCCGAUUCCGAUUCGGAGGUCCUGCGCAAGAUACAGGAAUCCGUUUCGCCUAGCGUCGCCGCGACGCCACCACCGAUGCAGCUUCCGCAGACUCCGAUCCGGCCGUAUCCGGCUACACCGGAUUCCGGUUACGGCUCGCCGCUGGGUCUGAGCUUCAGAGGGCGCGCAGAUGUGUUCGGCGGCAUGACGACGCCAUCAACGCUUGCCAACGCGACGACGGUGUGCGCUGGAAGGGCGCCACUGUACGGCGUGACGACGGAGCAGACGCAGCGGUACGCGACGGACGACGCGCUGGGGGUGAUGCCGACGUGGUACGCGGACGCGCUUCGACAUGCCGACAAAGAGAAUCACGCGACUGCGCAGACAAGUCAGAUGUCGUGCCGAUACUCGCAACCGAGCUACGUCAGCGGUCACGUGCCUUGCGCAGAAGCCUCUCUGCAGCCGCAUCCAGCGUCGCCAUGGAUGCACGGUUCGCCGUACCCAUGGCAACACGUUGCCGCCUCUACUCCCUUGAUGGGUGUGCCUGUUAUACCGUUCCCGGGUAUGUAUGGUUCAUUCAUCGGGUAGAUUAUACACGCUUGAGGCAGAGCUAGUAUAUGAGAAGACGUUUAGAUUAUAUAUUAUUAUUAGCAAUGUUGUACUUCUCGUAGAAAUCUAUACUUUUGAUCAUAAUAUAUUAGCAUAUGAUAUGGGAAAAUGAUAUGGGGUAUUAAAUCAUGGCGAUUACGUAAAUUACGAUAACGAAACUAUUAUUAUUAUAUUGAAUUUCUCUAAUGGUUACUAUUUUUUCUGUAUUGUAUUCGAUUGAUAAUGAAUUAAAUAAUAUAUAAAUUCAACAUAUUGUGUCUAUAUAAAGUUUAUAUGUGCUCGGGCGCGUACUUGACAUGUACAAUAUCCUAAAUUAAAUCAUAGCAGUAACGCACAAUGCGAAAGUUUACAAGAUUAUUUGCAUUUAUAUGGUUUAUUUAAAUAGAGACGUUGAGCAAGGACACAGAAGUCGAUUUGUAGCAGCCCUUGCAAUGUGAAAAAACUAAAAUAAUAAUGUAAAUAAUACUAAAAUGAAUGUGAUAAAUAAAAAAACACCAAGUUAUUCACUUGGCGGAAUUAUAUCCAGCA